AUGGACAACAAGCCUUGUGCCACACCUCUUGAGAGCAAAUUGAAACUCAAACUGGAAGGUGACAAUCUCAGUAAUAUAGGUGAGUAUCAAAGACUUGUUGGGAAGUUGAUCUACCUCACCAUUACAAGACCAGACAUUACUUUUGCAGUAAGUUUGGUCAGUCAAUUUAUGCAUGCACCUACUAAAUCACAUCUGCAGAUUGUCAAAAGAAUUCUCAGAUAUCUCAAGGGUUCCAUUGGAAGGGGAAUUCUCAUGCAGAAUAACCAUCAAACAAAGAUAAUGGGGUACUCUGAUGCAGAUUGGGCAGGAAAUGCCUGUGAUAGGAAGUCUACCACUGGUUAUUGCACUUUUGUUGGUGGAAAUUUAGUGUAUUGGAAGAGCAAGAAACAGACUGUCAUUGCUCGAUCGAGUGCUGAGGCUGAAUACAGGGCUAUGGCUUCUACUGCUUGUGAGUUGAUAUGGUUGAAAUAUCUUCUAUCCGAUUUAGGAAUCAACCAUGAUCAACCUAUUCCUAUGUUUUGUGACAAUCAAGCACCAAACAUAUCCAGGCCCGGCCCUGAGAAAUUCAAGGCCCGGGGCGAAAAAUAA